AUGUCUUCUUUCGCCGCUGCGCCGUAUCGGCACGUCAUGAUGCCAUUCGACCCAGCCAAAGAUGCUCAGACUCACGGCAACUCGGCACUUACUAAGCUGACGGAUGCCAUCCCAAACCUUAAGAUCUACACGCGCUCAUCUCCUCACUAUGAGACCCUUCGUGGGGUCUACAACAAGCUCAUCACAGCUCAACCCCUUGCCAUCUGUCGACCCACUUCGGUCGACCAAGUCCAGGCCAUCGUAAAAGCUGUCUCGGGGUUGGAUGUACCGCUCGGGGUUCGUGGCGGAGGCCAUGAUGUCUUUGGCCGAGGCUGCGUUGCCGACUCUGUCACCAUCGACAUGAGAGAGUUGGACACGCAGGAGCUUACCCAAGAUAAGAAGACAGUACGUGUCGGUGGUGGCAUCAUCAGCAAAAACCUUGUUGGCUUUCUGGGGUCGCACAACCUUUGCACCUCAAACGGCUUUGCGGGUGAAGCUGGAUGGACGUCUUGGGCGUCUUGGGGAGGGUACGGCCCAUUGGGUGAUUAUGUUGGACUAGGCGUAGAUAACAUUAUCGACGCCAAGAUCGUCACAGCUAGCGGCGAUCUCGUUCACGCAACAGGGGACUCGGAGCUGCUAUGGGCUGUACGUGGUGGAGGUGGUAACUUUGGUGUCAUUGCCGAGACUAAUGUGCGGGUUUAUCCAAUGUCCACAAUCGAGGCUGGCUUUAUCGUGUACCCUUGGUCAGAAACUGCAGACGUGUUGCUGCGUUUACAGGCCCUUCUAGACUUUGGGGUCCCCGACAAACUUUGUUUACAGGCAGGGUUUAGUAAGGGAGAAUGGGGUCUUGGCAUGGCUGUGACCUACAUCUGGCCUGAAGCAGAGUCAAUUGGGCCUGAGAGUGAGAAGUGGCUACAGAAGCUGAAGAAUCUCGGCACGUGUAUUGUCAAUACUGUCCAAGAAACGACAUUUGAGGCUUUCCAGCGCAGCAUUUCCAGCGCUAUCAGCAACCCUGUCAAUGUGACAUCUCGGCACAUCAGUAUCUCCAAGUUCACCAACGACACACUGAGACAAUUGAUCGACGCUUGUGAGUCGAUGCCUGUUGAGGCUGAUUGCUCCAUCACCUGCACGAUCUUGCACGGAAAGGCGGCCCAGCCAAAUGCGUUAUCGGCUUUUGGCACCCGGCGCCCGCAUAUCAUGUUCCAUAUCAACGCCGUCACUGAGGAUGCGGUGCAUGAACAUGUCGCUAUCUCAUGGGCGGAUCAUUUAGUUGACGGUAUUGAAGCGACGGGAGAUAGUAUUGGAUCCACAUACGUCAGUUUCAUCGAGUCGGAGAAAGACCCCAAGGGUUGUUACGGGGAGAAUUGGGAUCGGCUAAAGGCUGUCAAGAAAGAGGUUGACCCCGAUGAUGUUUUUAGAUUCGUGCAUGGCCGUAUCCCAGUCGACUGA